AUGACGUCUGUUAAGGACUUCCCCAAGAUCAAGGCUAUACGGUCAUUCAUCAUUGGUGGUGUUGGAUCAGGUGGUGAUUAUCAUAACGUCAAGGGUGGUCACUGGCUCAUCGACAGCGAUAUCUCAACACCAGCUUCAAGAUGGGAGAAGUACAAGAAGUCACGUACUAGCUGGGGCAUCAAUGUUCUCGGGUCAUUCCUUGUCGAGAUUGAAGCUACAGACGGCACAGUUGGUUUCGCAACUGGUUUCGGAGGCCCUCCCGCAUGCUGGCUUGUUCACGAGCACUUCGAGCGUUUCCUCAUCGGUGCCGACCCCCGCAACACCAACCUUCUUUUCGAGCAGAUGUACCGAGCCUCCAUGUUCUAUGGUCGCAAGGGUCUCCCAAUUGCCAUCAUCUCAGUCAUCGAUCUCGCUCUGUGGGAUUUGAUUGGAAAGGUGCGUAAUGAGCCCGUGUACCGUCUCAUUGGUGGUGCUACCAAGGAGCGCCUCGACUUCUACUGCACUGGCCCUGAGCCUACAGCUGCCAAGUCCAUGGGUUUCUGGGGAGCCAAGGUUCCUCUGCCUUUCUGCCCUGACGAUGGCCACGAGGGCCUGCGAAAGAACGUCGAGUUCUUGCGAAAGCACCGUGAAGCUGUUGGCCCCGAUUUCCCCAUCAUGGUCGACUGCUACAUGAGCCUUAACGUCACGUACACAAUCGAGCUUGUUAAGGCUUGUCUCGAUCUCAACAUCAACUGGUGGGAGGAAUGCCUGUCCCCUGAUGACACCGAUGGAUUUGCACUCAUUAAGCGAGCCCAUCCUACUGUCAAGUUCACAACUGGUGAGCACGAGUAUUCACGAUAUGGUUUCCGCAAACUCGUUGAGGGCCGCAAUCUCGAUAUCAUUCAACCUGAUGUUAUGUGGCUUGGCGGUCUGACUGAGCUUCUCAAGGUCGCUGCUUUGGCCGCCGCCUACGAUAUUCCGGUAGUUCCUCACGCGAGCGGACCUUAUAGCUACCACUUCCAGAUCUCCCAGCCCAACACCCCCUUCCAGGAGUAUUUGGCCAACUCUCCCGACGGCCGUAGUGUGUUGCCUGUGUUUGGAGACCUCUUUACCGACGAGCCCAUCCCCACCAAGGGCUUCCUUACCACCGCUGACCUGGACAAGCCCGGUUUCGGCUUAACCAUCAACCCAGCUGCUAGAGCCAAGCUCAUUCCUAGUGAUUAUCUGUUCAAGGUGCCUCAAGUACCAUCUCUGGCACCUUCUCAGGGAAGUGAGAGCAAGACAAGCGAGGAAUCCGGCAAGCCCAACGGAACGAUUGAGGCUCUCGGUGCCAAGGUGGAGGCCCUAGCAACAUCAACAAGUUCUUAA